AUGGCUGUUAUCAACUACUUGAAGAGCUACAUUAGCGCCCAGACUCGUCUAGCUGGUACUCACCCACGGGUGAUAAGUGAUAAAAUAAAGAACAGGUACAAGCACAGUCAUCGUACUUUUCACGAGUCUCCUGAGCAGAAGGCCAAGAAAAACAGCAAGGGGAGAGCAAACAGUCGUACUCUUCAGUCGACAUACAUGGACAACUGGGUAGCCAUUGAUGCUGCAAUGAGAUAUAAGACUGGAAACUCUGUUGAGAAGGCCUAUCUCAAACUCUUUCAGAAGGAUGCCAUGUCUGAUGGUGAGUCAGAUAUUGAGAUUGUGGACAAUCUUCCACGACGGUGUUUGCAUGUGGCUUGCCCCACUUGGAGAAGUGAAGAAUUCAACAGAUUGUUGACAAUGGUUGAUGACAUUGAUCGUACCCAUCACGUGUCAAAUGCGGGCAUGGGAACAAAGCCAAGAAUGAACAGAUAUCCAGCAACAUUGUUGCCUUGCUCUGUUCCUGCCACCCUGUCCCAGUCAUUGCCUCGUUAG